CGGCAGCAUCACCGAAAUCUCGCACGAAUCCCGCAAGAGCACAGCGCAAUUCUCUGCCUACCGCGCAUCGCUAGGAAGCCGAUUCUCCACUCUUCAAAAUGGUGUUCUUCGGUCUCGGCGGCCUCCUAUACGUCUCGGUCCUCCUCAUAAACGCCAUAGCAAUCCUCUCCGAAGACCGCUUCCUCGCACGUAUUGGCUGGACAGCCUCGGCAGACCCCGGCUUCGGCGGCCAACGCGACGAUGCGAGCGUAAAGGCGCGACUGGUCAACCUAGUAUCUUCGGUGCGGACGUUGAUGAGGAUACCGCUCAUGUUCAUCAACACGGCAAUGAUCAUAUACCUCCUGAUAUUCGGAUGAGAGCACCACGCGUGCGCCACCGCCUUUCAGCGGCACAUGAAAAGGACAAGGGGACGCCCUGGGCGUGGGGAGGCAUGUAAUUGAUAUUGAGCUGUUGGCGCUGGUCUGGCAGCAGAGAAAGAAUGUCGUACACGGUAGAUUGAUAGCGCAUCACUACCGGCACGGCGUAAACCGUGUGAAAGGGCUGGAUUGCGAAGGUUGGACCGUUGAUUGAGGCUGGGCCCGAGUGCCACGAAUGAACACCGUCCAAGUUCGCUACGCAUUUCGACCACUCUAUAAGAAUGAAUUGCUCAUGGAUGGCAACUAACCAUCCCAUCCUCAUCGCUAUGGACAAAUCGAGUC